ACAGAAACUCAUAACUGAGAUCUAUCCCCACGCGACUCCCACUCCUACCCCGGUCACUGCCACUCCCCCCGCCCACCCACGCCUCCAAUCUAUAUAUCUAUAUGGCUAUCUAUCCGAUUUCCCAUUUCAAUUUGUAGCGAAAAGGAUACACCCCAGCCCUUUCUCUCUUGCUCCCCCACUCCGUACAAAUCUUGGGCCAUUUUUCACUUUCUUUCAUUUUCACAUCAUAUUUGCAAUUUCUUACACAUAAUUGAUUCAGAUAAUUCAAUUCAGAUCUGCCCAGAUCUACUCAAAUUCCACCUCAAUCAACAAAGUUUUGGAAGCUCAGUUAUAAAAUUAUUUGGUGGUCAUAAUAUCUGAACUUUGAGUUGAAAGGAGAAGCUGAAGGUUCUUUAAGAAGUAUUAAGCUAUAUAAAUGAUGAGGGGUAGAUCAGAUGGAGCACAAAACAAGCGCUUGUUAACUUCUGUGUGCAUUGGGGCUGUGUUUGUUGUAUUUCUGUAUGUCUAUUUUGGCUCUAAGAAUGCCGGUGAGUCUGCUCUAGAGUAUGGCAGCCGUUCUUUGAGAAAACUUGGGUCCUCUUAUUUGAGUGGUGAUGAAGACUCUGAUCUUGGAGGCAAGCAGGAUGAGUCUUUAUUCAAGUUUGGACUUGAUGAUGGGGAGGAUAGUAUUGUCACAAAGAGUUUCCCUGUUUGUGAUGAUCGUCAUUCGGAGCUAAUCCCCUGUCUGGACAGACAUCUUAUAUAUCAAAUGAGAUUGAAGUUGGAUUUAUCUUUGAUGGAGCACUAUGAAAGACACUGUCCCUUACCUGAGAGACGGUACAAUUGCUUAAUUCCUCCUCCUCCAGGAUACAAGAUCCCAAUUAAGUGGCCAAAAAGUAGAGAUGAAGUAUGGAAAGCAAACAUUCCUCAUACUCAUCUUGCACAUGAGAAGUCUGACCAGAAUUGGAUGGUUGUUAAAGGUGAUAAGAUUAAUUUUCCUGGAGGAGGUACUCAUUUUCAUUAUGGGGCUGGCAAAUACAUUGCUUCAAUGGCAAACAUGCUGAACUUCUCAAAAAAUAACUUGAACAAUCAGGGAAGGUUGCGUACAGUUCUUGAUGUUGGUUGUGGUGUUGCCAGUUUUGGUGCUUACCUUCUAAAGUCCGAUAUUAUUGCUAUGUCUUUAGCUCCAAAUGAUGUGCACCAAAAUCAGAUCCAAUUUGCGCUAGAGAGAGGAAUUCCUGCAUUUCUUGGUGUUCUUGGAACAAAGAGGCUUCCUUACCCAAGCAGAUCUUUUGAACUUGCUCACUGUUCUCGUUGUAGAAUUGAUUGGCUGCAGAGGGAUGGGCUCCUUCUUCUUGAGUUGGACAGGCUUCUUAGACCUGGAGGCUAUUUUGCCUACUCGUCCCCUGAAGCUUAUGCACAGGAUGAAGAAGACCUAAGAAUAUGGAGGGAGAUGAGUGCACUUGUGGAACGUAUGUGUUGGACAAUUGCUGCGAAAAGGAACCAAACUGUAAUUUGGCAAAAGCCUUUAACAAAUGACUGUUAUUUGGAAAGAGAACCUGGCACUCACCCACCUAUGUGUCGAUCUGAUGACGAUCCAGAUGCUGUGUGGGAUGUCCCAAUGGAAGCAUGCAUUACACCUUAUUCUGAUCAUGAUCACAAAACUAGAGGUGGUGGCCUUGCACCAUGGCCUGCCCGAUUAACUUCUCCUCCUCCACGGCUUGCUGAUUUUGGCUAUUCAAGUGAAAUGUUCGGAAAAGACACGGAACUUUGGCGCCGGAGGGUUGAGAGCUACUGGAAUCUCUUGAGUCCAAAGAUCUCAUCAGAUACUCUGAGGAACGUGAUGGACAUGAAAGCCAAUUUAGGGUCAUUUGCUGCUGCUUUGAAGGAUAAAAAUGUGUGGGUGAUGAAUGUUAUCCCUGAGGAUGGGCCCAAAAUGCUUAAGAUUGUGUAUGAUAGAGGCUUGAUUGGCACGACACACAACUGGUGUGAAGCCUUCUCAACAUACCCCAGGACUUACGACUUGCUCCAUGCUUGGACUGUGUUUUCCGACAUUGAGAAGAAAGGUUGUAGUGGUGAGGAUCUACUGCUCGAGAUGGAUCGAAUUCUCAGGCCUACAGGUUUCAUUAUUAUCCGGGACAAACAAUCCGUCAUCGAGUUUGUAAAGAAGUAUUUAUCUGCAUUGCAUUGGGAAGCAGUUGCGACAGCCGAUUCCACUUCAAACCCCGACCAAGAAGGAGACGAGGUUGUGCUUGUCGUCCAAAAAAAGCUUUGGUUGACAAGUGAAAGCUUCAGGGAUACAGAGUAGACUAUACAGUAAGACAACUAGUCAAUCCUCGUGCCUCUUCGUUACGUAUUAUCAGGAUUUAAGAAGAGUAAUCUCGGGAGUUCUCGCAAAAUCUAUAUCAUUUUGUAGACAACCGUACGGUGUUUAUCAUUUUCUGCCUUUUGUUGUUCUUUUUCUUUGUGUUUUUAUGGCUAUUCCAAUUUAGUUGACAAGCCAUAGACAGCUUCUAAUUUAUAGGCUAUUCUCAUUUGUUAUAAAAUUUUCUGUUUGGCAUUGUUGCAGCCUAGUUGUAUAGAUAGCAUCGUAUCUCAUGCUGAAAUUCUUCGGUGAAGUUCUUCGUUUUAUGAUCA